CACUGCUGUACCCGGGGUGCAUUGCAAGCCAAAUCCAGCACCCCGUGGCCAGCAGACCGUCAACUCCGCCCUCUUAUCUCUGCAGAUUGUGACAGUUUCGGAAGAUAUAGGUCGAUGCGAUCAAGUAUAACCGUGUGCCAUCAGGAUGCUCUCUGCAGCUGCUUCAGGCAAAGUCGGGUUCAAUAUGGGGAUGGGAGUGGGCAGGUGUGUGUCAGCCUGGUUAAGAGGGUCCCCCAAUGCCCUGAACAGAAGGAGGGACUGGGACCCCUCUCCCAAGUACAGCACCACAGCAGCCAAAUCCAGCACCCCGUCCUUCAACUAUGUCAUCGUGGGCGCUGGCUCGGCGGGCUGCGUCCUGGCCAACCGUCUCACGGAGGAUCCCCAGGAGUCGGUGCUCUUGCUGGAGGCCGGCCCUAAGGACAGGACCCUGGGCAACGUCCGUCUCUCCUGGAAGAUCCACAUGCCGGCCGCCCUCACCUACAACCUGUGUGACGACAAGGUCAACUGGUUCUACCACACCCUGCCCCAGGAGCACGUGAACAACCGGGUGAUGUACUGGCCCCGCGGCAGGGUGUGGGGUGGCUCCUCCUCUCUCAACGCCAUGGUGUACAUCCGGGGCCACGGUGAGGACUACAACCGCUGGCAGAGGGAGGGGGCGGAGGGCUGGGACUACGACCACUGCCUGCCCUACUUCCGCAAGGCCCAGUGCCACGAGCUGGGAGGCGACCGGUACCGGGGAGACAGCGGGCCCCUGCAUGUGUCCCGGGGGAAGACGAACCACCCUCUACACCGGGCCUUCAUAGAGGCUGGCCAGCAGGCUGGGUACCCCUUCACUAACGACAUGAAUGGCUUUCAGCAGGAGGGCUUGGGCUGGAUGGACAUGACCAUCUAUGAAGGUAAGAGGUGGAGCACAGCCAGUGCGUACCUGCGACCGGUCCUUACCCGAGCCAACCUGAGGACAGAGGUGCAAUGUCUGACCACCAGGAUCCUGUUUGAUGGGAGGAGAGCUGUGGGUGUGGAGUACACUCAGAACGGGGAGAAGAAGCAGGUUUUUGCUGAAAAGGAGGUAAUUCUCAGUGGUGGGGCCAUCAACUCCCCACAGCUUCUCAUGCUGUCCGGGGUGGGCAAUGCUGAUGACCUGAAACAGCUAGACAUCCCUGUGGUCCAGCAUCUACCAGGAGUGGGCAGUAAUCUUCAGGACCACCUGGAGCUGUAUGUUCAGCAGCAGUGCUCUCAGCCCAUCACCCUGUACAAGGCCCAGAAGCCUUUCCACAUGGUCAAGAUUGGCCUGGAGUGGCUCCUCCAAUAUACAGGAUACGGGGCCACGGCCCACCUGGAGAGCGGGGGCUUCAUCCGGAGCAGAGGGGGCGUGGCCCACCCUGACAUCCAGUUCCACUUCCUGCCCUCGCAGGUCAUCGACCACGGCCGCGUCGCCUCCAAGAUAGAAGCUUACCAGGUUCACGUGGGACCAAUGAGAAGUACUAGUAUUGGAUGGUUAAAGCUGAAGAGCGCCAGCCCUCUAGAUCACCCAAUCAUCCAGCCCAACUACCUCUCAACAGACACUGAUGUAUGGGAGUUCAGGGAGUGUGUCAAGCUUUCUCGGGAGAUCUUUGCCCAGAAGGCCUUCGACCCAUUCCGGGGGCCCGAGGUACAGCCAGGGCCUGAGUGUCAGUCAGACGCUGAGAUUGAUGCGUUUGUGCGUGACAAGGCAGACAGCGCCUACCAUCCGUCCUGCACGUGUAAGAUGGGUUCUCCAUCUGACCCAAUGGCGGUGGUGGACCCAGAGACGCGCGUGCUGGGCCUCGAGGGCCUCCGUGUGGUCGACGCCUCCAUCAUGCCCAGCGUUGUCAGCGGCAACCUCAACGCCCCCACCAUUAUGAUUGCGGAGAAGGCUGCUGACAUCAUCAGAGGGCGACCGGCGCUCGGCGACCCUGGGGUGCCUGUGUACCAGCCUGGAUCUCUAGAGACCCAGCGAUGAGCUUCACACAGAUGUGUGGAACCUGCAGCGUCACCAUCUCCUAAGGGCCUGAACAGCCAGAGGUGGAUGCUAGGUAUUCAUGUACACAUCCGUCGGUCUUUACCGACAAAGUUUCUCUUUUUUUUUUUUUUUUUACGAUUUGAUAUAUGUAAAGAAAAACAGUAGCGUAAAAAGUACAGAUAAGCCUUCCAUUGUCUAACCUGUCCAUUGGUGUAAAAUUCUGGUAGAGCUUGUACCUUCAAGGGUCUCAGUGGCAGCUGCUUUUUUUGUUUAUUUAAUACUCGGCAUCAUGAAGAUGUAGUAGACUCCGUUGGUAGUCAAUAAAGUGCCACAGCAUGCUAACCAGCAGAAACUACAACCCCGAGAAUCACUUUUGAUUGCAGUGUUCCCUACUUUCCUGAUAAUGCUGGUUUACUGUCCAACCUCUCUCUUCAUUUACAAUGAUAGCUGGGAUGUCCGUUUAACUGCACUGUUGACAUUUCAUAUGAAUAAUAAAUGAAGUAAAUAAUUCAAUUUCUAUGUGGUAAACAUUUAGAUGAAUUCAGAAACAUUAGUCAACCUUUGAAAGACUAACUCAUUUCCCAGUGAGUUUCUGAUGUGAUUUGAUCAAGUUCUCUGGGUAUUAAUUCUUACAUUUAUGUUUACAAUUAUAUGAAGGAUUUAAGCUUUUGAUAGUCGUCUGAGUUGCCUUGCCAAUCAUGAAAGUGUCUUGAUUGAAGUGCCUGACAUGAAGUAUGUUUGGUAUGAUACAUUUUAUGGUAAUCUAUUGAUUAUUAUAAACUGGGUGGUUCGAGCCCUGAAUGCUGAUUGGCUGACUGCCGUGGUAUAUCAGACCGUACACCACAGGUAUGACAAAACAUUUAUUUGUACUGCUCUAAUUACGUUCAUAGCCAGUUUAUAAUAGCAAUAAUGCACCUCUGGGGUUUGUGUUUUAUGGCCAAUAUACCACGGCUAAAGGCUGUGUGCAGGUACACCACGUUGCGUCAUGCAUAAGAACAUUCCUUAGCCGUGGUAUAUUGGCCACAUACCACACCCCCUUGAGCCUUAUCGCUUAAUUUGAGCAGAGCUGCAACAAUUUUACAGUAGUAACCCUUAUGUUCAUGCUAGCCUUAACAAUGUGACUUCUAAGUCUUAGGGCUCUACUCAAUCAGAUCAGUUUUAGCCGACAUCUGCAUAGUAGUUGUUUUAGCGGUGUCCGAGGUGGGACAGUGUUAGAGCUGUCAAGUGGCUCCUGGCCUUAUACCUAAAACAGACAUUGCCAUUGGCCGCACGAAGUCCCAUGCAGCCUUGAUUACAAGUUUGAACACUGGAAUGUGAGAUGUAUCUCGGGCCUAGAUUAAAUCAGAUCAAGCGUGAACCGGCGACAGCCAACACCAACACAGCGGAUGUUUUGGCAGUGUCUGAGGGUUGGAGCUGUCAGAUUGGUGAGCAGCUGCUCUUAUGAUCAUUGUCACGAAGCCGCACCCGUCCCAGUUACGUUAGAAGUUCAGAACCAGAAAAUGUAGGCUAUAUAUAGAAAUGACGCUCGAAAUGAAAAUCAUUACACGAAAUGAGGAUUUCUAUCAACCUAAUCCAGGUGUAGAUUACAUCUCAACAUUCCAAUGUUCAAAUUUGUGAACAAGGCUGCAUGGGAUUUCUGUUAAUGCGACCCGUGCAACCAAUGGCUAUGUCCGCUUUAGGUGGAUUAGACAUUUCUAACGCAGUUCCACCUCCAACAUCGUCAAAACAACCACUUUGCGGAUUUCGGGUAAAGUGGAUCUGAUUGAGUGGAGCCCUUGAGCUGAUUGACUCUAAGCCUUACACGAACACUUUGCACACCGAUUUUAGCGCAGACUCAAGAACCGCUAUGAUUGUGAAAAUAAUAUUCUUAAGAAAUCCUUGUAAAAUUGGAUUAUUUUUCUAAUUCCUGCCGGUUGAGUACGUAAAGCACAGAUGCUGUCCUCUGGAGGCAUUCAGUGCCGUGGAGUUUAUUCAGUUGUGAACAUUACAAAAUCAUCAGCAGUCCAUUGUAUUUCCAGGCAAAUAUUCAAGAGACUAACGCGAAUCUAAAAAUUAUUUUUGUUAAACUACAUUUUUAGGUAAAACUAAUUUGCUACUAAGUGGAAUUAGCUGUAAUGUUAUCGGGUAGAAAUCCUCAAGUACAGUGAAUCAUUUUAACCUUCAUUUACACAUUGUGUACAGGGUUUAACAUUACCAUCAACAUGUCAAUGCAUCUUUGAAACAGAAGUAGUCUGAAAAAAUAAAGCUGUGAAUUGCACAAGUUGUAUAACAAA